ACGUCCUCAAAAGUGAUUCAAGUUCUGUAUCCGAUUUCUUCUACGAAUCCUUCUUUGUUAUGGCAAAGAAACGAUGGCGAAGAGCUUGGACGACUUGAUCGAGUUUUUACUCGAACAGAUUGCCAUCAGUGGAAGUCGAGGUCUCUCCGUCAAUGAAAUCGCAGACUUUGCUACUUCGUUCUACAACACGACCGACAAUCAGAAUGAGUUGCACAAACCGGACGACGCCUCAGCCACCAAUGUCACCGUCGAUCGCCGUCUGCUGGAGCGAAUCUGGACAUGGCUGGGACGACUUUCCGAUGUGUCCAUUGGCGAGUACAAGCAGUAUAAUCAGACUAGCCUAGGUCAAGUUGUGCUGCAGUUCCCAGGGUAUCUCCAUGCGACCUUUGAUAAGACCACCCAACCGGUCGAUAAACUCCCAGACGACGCCUCCCCGGAGAACGCCUCGGAGAAUCCAAAAGCUAAACAAGGGAAGCACCGCACUCGUCCAGUCGAAGGUCCAAGGUUCCAUGUCAGCGAAGAACGAGUGUAUCAGGCGAUAUGUGGUCAUCUUCCGGACAUCGCCAAGGUUGGCCCGUUGGAAUUCGAUCUCCUGUCCCAUAUUGCUGUGACGCGCUCAGAUGGAAUUCUACAGGGCGAACUCGUCAGGGCCUCUGGCCAGGAUAAGCGUUCCGUACCCAAACGUACCGAUGCUUUACAGAGAAAGGGUUACAUUCUGAAGGAAAUUGUGUAUCAACGGGGAACACGGACAAGUCGCCUGAUUCUCAAGAAGUUUGCCGCUUCCUCCGGCACAUCCGGCGACCAUGCUGAAAGGAAGUCGACCAUACGAGAUGCUGUUCGACGAGUAUUCGAAGUUCUAUCCGACCGGCCUCUCGUCCCGCAGAAGGCGAUUGCAGAAGCAUUGAACCUGGAGUCCCCAGCAGAGUUGGCAGUUCUGGUCAAAAUCAUCCGUCGACUUGAACGUCUGAAAUGUGUCAAGAGAGUGAGAACAGCGACUGGACCUUCCGCCACCUCUGGAGAUUUGCAGAACUACGUUCAGAUCUUACGUCCUCUUGAGCCCGAGGACAUGGAGAACUUUGACACGGAUACGUUAUGUAUGGAUCAGACCAUUGAACACUUAUCUGCACGAUCCGAAUCUGAGUCCCAGGUCGAUCCUCCGACACCAGCUGGAAUAUCUGAAGAUCAAACGGAAGAAGAGCAAACUAGGCGCCAUCUUGCAAGAUGGAACCCUGACCGCUUAAUGCCCAACGCGGUGCACGAUGCUGCCUGUCUUGCUGGCCAUGAAGGACUGACAAACACGACCUCUAGACAGUUGAUCACCGGUCUUUUCGUUCAACGCACAAUGGAGUCACUGCUUAUGCGUGUCUCAUGCAAAUCAUUGGUCGUGCAGCCAUCACAUAUACGCCACCUUGCGAUUGUUAGGACGGUUGCCGUCAACGACGGCGUAACUCAAUAUAUCCACUACCCUUGGCAAACGUUCUGCGAACUGGUUGACGAAAAGGGGUUGGACAUAAGCCAGAUACCAGGGGCAAAGCAAGCCUUGAAUUCUAGGCACCAAGGUCGAUCUGGUAUUGUCAGUGAUCAGGAGCCUUCAGAAGGGAGGGAUACAAAUGAGUUCGGCUUUCCUCCUCAAGGCUCGAUCCCUCUCCAAGUCAGAAAUGGAGAAGUGGACUUCUCGACACUGUUGGGAAGUGUUGCUGCAGGAGACUUUAUGCCACGUAUUGGUGAAACCAUUGUCGUUAAGCAAGCCGACGGCAGCUUUGCCAUCUCGUUGCGAGAAAACAUGCCAGGGAAAGCGGGAUCGCUACUGAUUCGUCAGCAACCCAGACCUCAGACCCCUAGAACUCCGAAGCGAGCGGUAAGAAACUCACCAGGGGUGGAGAUCGUCAAAGGUCGUCCCCGAAAGUACAUGCGAGGUACAGAAAGCUUUUGGCGGAGAGUGUUCAAACAAGUCCGCACAGACUCUGGGAUCCCACCCACUAUAGGUUGGGCAGGAAUCAUGAACGAUCCGGGCGGGUUGGACCUCUACGCUCGUCGUCCUGUCAACUUUGAUGAAACACUCUUGGAAGCUAUUGCUGCCGGGCUACCAGAGCCUCACUUUCCCGAACACAUCAAUGAUGCUUGGAUCACCUCGACCAAGGAGAUCCUCAACCGCUCAUCAGAUGGCCUAUACAUAACUCCAAGAGGCUUACGCCACGACAGUGCGAAGCAGAAAUCCCAGAUUGUGAUCAUGAGAAGCAGUCGUCUGAGCGAGGUCGACCUUUAUGACAGGACACAAGUGCAUCCGUUUCGAUUGAUAUCCUCGAGCGCUGCACAUAGUUUCGCCUAUCGAAGAUACUAUCCCUCACCUCCGGUGGGACAGUCAUCGACGAAGAUCACUGACAAUGCGUCCGCAGACAAAAUCAAGUCUCCAAAGAAGAGGGCCAAAUCGAUCGGCAAACCAGGUCCGCCAGUUGGUGUGUUCUAUGAGGAGCGUCCUCCAGCCGAGCCCUCAACAGCAGAGUCACAUGCGCACCAUGAGACCGUCAUUGCCUUAGAUACUCAUAUGGAUACUACAGACGAAGAGCUUGAACCUCCUCCAAAUACUGAUCAGCCUUCCACAUCCGUCAGCCUUAAUUCGGCCAUACGCCCCUUAGCGCCAAAUCAAGUGCAAUCUAUCCAAGGGCUUGCCAAAGAAACAACGCACGGAGCCGAACACGCCUCAGAGAGAUCUCGGGCUACUCCUUCCGCAAAGAGGCCAAGGUCCCCAUCAGUCACAAUCACAGACCUUGCGAGGCCAUCCAGGAAACGAAAGUUGACGCACAAGGCAGUUGAACUGUUGGACUCAUCAGGCGAUCACGAUUCUCCGCUCCUGCUCGGACCCUCCAUACCCCAAGGAGACAGCACAAGUGAGGCAACAGAGCAUCACCUUGCGUCGGGCGAUCAGGGUCAAAUUCAACCACUGGCGCAGGAGGCUCCAACUAAGCAGGAAACACCAGAGGAAGAUCGGGUUCCCCGUCUCUUUGUCGAAAUCCCGCCAAGAGCAGCUGAGCCUCAUACAGAAGAUGAACGAACGCUACCAACCACAAAUCAAGGAUGGCGAGGCGAGCAGCGGAUUGUAGCACAACAGCCUCCGGCGACGCUUACUGAGCCAGUACAAGAACCAAGCUCGGCCCAUCCCACGGUCAGCCGGGUUCAACCUAUCCCACAAGUUCAACACAAUUCGAGCAUUACCCAACCGGAGGAACCAUUUGUGAGUGUCGAGACUAAGGGGAAUGCGCAAGCCACUGCUAUCCCGGAGGAGUCUACCAGAAAGAAGAUUGUUACCCGAACGAAGAGACGUCGUGAGGACUUGUCUUCCGACUCUGAGGCUCCCGCCACACCAGAAAAGCGUGGGAAGCGUAGCGACCACCAGAGAGCCAAUGCCUUGUGUCGCAAAAUUGUCCUGCAGCUGGUUUCGGAGACAUCGGGCGUGGUGCCCAAUGAUGCUUCCACAAUCAGACGAAUAUCUGCACCUCGCUGGCAAGAAGCUGGACAGGAAGAUCGACCCCAGUUGAAAGCCAUUAAGGCCAACAUCAAAAGCCUCUGCGAACAGAGGAAAUUACGACAGGUCAUGUUCACUUUUCGCGGUAAGAAUGGCAUGAUGCUCAAACGAGCAGUCUUGUUUUUGCCGAACAUCAGUCCUGAGUCGCCUCUUGUUCAAGAAACGAAGCAGAAAAUCAUCGAUAAUCAGCCUGCUGAUUAUAUCCCGCCGGAGUGGAUAGAUGAGGGCAACCGCGUUCCUUUGGUUGGGAAAAAGCAACAGGCCACGAUUUCGGAUGAUGAAGACACUCCAAGCAAAAGACGACGUACCUCCACGGCUGCAAGUGAGGUGUCUGGUAGGACACCAAGGACACCCAGAGGACAAAGAUGGUCAUUGGCGACCAGUGUCACUCCAAUUGAGGAUCUAACAAUGCCGCCGAACACAAGGAGCAUGUCGAGAGUGUCGACGCCACCACCGGCUGCUGAGACAGCUGCCACUGGUUUUCUCACGCUUAAAGUGCCACGAAUAGGCACACUCCCGUCGGUUCAGAUUUACAACUGGCGCACGGAGACACCUGUUACUGCGCUACGAUUCGAAACAGCCGCUCCAAAUCCACCAAACUCUACUAGUGUCACAGCAUCCAGACGUGGUCGAAAGCCUCGAAAGCCGGCAAAUCGUCCACCUGGUCGUACAGUCGUCUGGGCAGGUAGUAAUUCUCAAUCAUUCCCGUCGUCCCUGAACGACAUCCUGGACCUCCCAAACCUCAAAGUCCCGUUCGAACAUGUCCAAUCCGACGAUUCCGAAUGGCAACGCUUUGCUUGCGAGGUCGAAGGAGUUCGUGCUUGGGAAGAACAGGAGACAGAGGCGGCGACCGCAAAUCGGUCCAAAUACGCCUUCAUCAAUCACACUGUACCUGGAGCAUUAUAUGCAGAAGCAAGCAGCCCUGAGACGACCACCUUCGCCGGUCUUGUCCAAUUCGACCAGGAUGGUGACGGGUCCGUGCUUCCCCAUCCUUCCCCAGAGUCCUGGCCAGUCUUCGCUUCUGCGCUGCGGGCUGCUCCAGAACAAAUGGAGCGCAUCGCGGGAGCAGCGCCUGACGAAGCAACAGCUACGCCGGAUUCCGAGAUGCCGCCACCAGUGGGCAACGAACCAGCGGUGCGCCGGUCAGGACGGGCUCCCAGACGUAAAGCUGUGGUCGACGAAUUUGGGUUUGGACCACAUCCCAAACGACAGAAGAGAGGAACCCGUACUCCGCGCGCUACGCCUGGCCGUCGCACCCUGACUGCAGCUACCGUCACUCCCACCAGGCUGACUCGGGCACCUCAAAUCCUUCGGGCGAUGCCGGAAGGCGCGAUCUAUCGCAUUGUCGUGUCUGUAGUUGUUGUGCGCACAUUGGCAGGAGGCAUCCAGAGCAAUAUCGACUGGCCACUGGUUAUGACCAUGUUCCCCGAUCAGGAUGAAGAAUUUGUCCAGGCGCGGUGGAAGACACUGGCGAAGAGAUACGCGCACGACAUCAACGGUCUGACCGAAAGUCUUCAGUUCAAAUACCUUGACGCACUCGAGAAAGACGAGGUUCCAUCCGUCAAUCUCGAGGACCUCAAAGCUACCGACUGGCCCGGGAUCGUGGACUGGGCACUCCAAAAGCUCGACAGGUUCGACACAAAAGAAGUCGACGAUUUGCCGGCCACGCAAGAAGAGGUCCUGUACACAAACACUCUGACCUUCUUCGAACCUAGGCCAUAUCACAGCGUCCUUGGGUAUGGCGCCCUGUUAACCAACCCAGUGAAAGAAGACCUCGUUGCCAGCCUCCCCUUCGCAGGAGCGCAGAAGGCUACAAUCGAAACAGAUCUCCACUAUCGACCAUCUUUCGAGCUCGCAAUGUCCGAUCCGAAGCUGCAUCUCGCAAAGUCCUGGGUUUUCGCGACUGUUCUCACUCCCGAAGAUGGAUUUGAUCCAAUACUCGCCCAGGCGAAGCUUUCAUCGCUAGCCUCAGAGCCUGGAGAAUGCGAGGAUCUCGUCCACCGCGCCCUGAAGGUCCUACAAGACGAGAAACUCGUUCAGCGUGCACACAAGGAGAGACACUCCACUCAACUCGCCAGCCUGCGCACAUGGGAAGGAUCUCGACGGCUGUACGAACGUUUCGAAGAGCGUCGCAGCAUCAACGCGCAAAUGCUCCAACGUGCCGCACGGUAUAAAGUUGACGUCCUUGACCCUGCGUUCGCGAAAGGUGAGAGUGUGCCCUUUGAGAAUGAUGGCAUUGUGGACGACGGCGUGAUGGUCGCGGUGCUGAAUCUCAUGGCGAUGGGUAUGGUUCGGGCCAAGCCUGGUGCCGACGUGCCGAGGACACGGUAUGGUUUGGAGUGGGAGAAAAAUGGAUAUCAAACGAAGAAAAUGGAUAAGAAAGUGCUCAACUUUGGGGUCGAUAUUGUGCCGACUAGCGCAUAUGUUCCUGAUGAUCCGAAGUUUGGGGAUCGCAAGAUACCUGUACCCCGGGGAGGCGCCGAUGAGCCUGACGGCUUGAUGCCGCCUUGGGUCGAUAUCCAUGGAUCUGUACAGACGGGUCUAUGGGAGAUGUUUCUUGGUGGUGUCAUUGGGCUCGUUUCGCAGCUGCCCGGGAUUUCGGCGCUGGAAAUCUCGAGGGCGCUUACCUUCGCGUUGGACGAGGGUGGGGUCGAAUCAAUUAUGGAUUGGUGUGUUGCGGCUGGGUUUGCAAAAGUGGAUGGUAUUUCGGGAGGAUUUGAGACGACGGAGUGGUGGUGGUUGUGUAUUUCAAGGGGGAGCGAUGAUGGGUGGGUGUGGAAUGCUUGAGUGCGAUGUUUUAUGAUUUACAAGGGCUGGCGCAGGAGGACAUUCGACUACUAAGCGUGGCGUCGAGGUGCGGGCACGGAGGUAUGGCUUGCUAUUUACAUUGGGCUCUAUGGGCUGGCGUUUCGGGCUUUUUCAGGAUGGCAGGGGGGCAACUACAUGCAAGAUACCCCAACUAUGUACCACGACAUGAGCAAUGAGAGCUGAUGCAAUUUAGA